AUGUUGAGUGCUGACUUUUUGUGGCUUGCGCUGGGUUUGACUGCAGCCGACGAGCAUCCAGAAACUCUUAUUACCGGCGUGGACUUGAGUCCGAUCCAGCCAGUAUUUGUUCCACCGAAUGUCACAUUCUACGUCGAUGACCUGGAAGACGAAUGGACGUAUUCUUACAAGUUCGACUUCAUAUACGGCAGAAUGCUAACAGGCUCGAUCGCCGACUGGCCGAGGUUUAUACGGCAAAGCUUCGAAUUUCUUGAGCCCGGUGGGUGGUUGGAGCUGUCAGAUAUCCUACUCGAUCUGAAAAGUGACGACGGUACCGUGACACCCGCAUGCGCCGCUCAGAAAUGGGCGACACACAUGCUCGAGGCAGCGGCGGUUUGGAAGAGGCCGCUCGAUAGUUGCAAGUUUUACAGAGAACAGCUUGCCGCAGCCGGAUUCAAGAACAUCAAGCAAGAGAUUUACAAAUGGCCGUCGAACCCGUGGCCGAAAGACCCAAAGUACAAAGAGCUAGGCAUGUGGACAUAUGAGAACCUUGGAAACGGCCUUUCGGGAUUGAGCCUAGCAUUAUUUACGAGAGCACUCGGCUGGUCGCCAGCACAGCUUGAAGUGUUCCUGGCGGAGGCCAGGAAGGAUAUGAGGGACAAGUCGAUACAUGGAUGGUGGCCAAUAUAUGUUGUGUAUGGUCAGAAGCCCGGUUAA